GACGGCAGGACCGCGCCUUUCAGCCACUGGAUGCUCCACAAUACCUUCUACGGAUUGGUAAUUACAACCACUUUGUCUACGACCUUGCUCGCUGCGGACAGGUACAAAUGGCGCGCAACAGGGAUGGUAUAUUCUUUGGCGAACCGGUAUCCAGCAUCAGUGGCUUUCACCGUCCAGCUUCUCGCAGCUUUUUUCGGCGUCAUCCACGUCGCUGUAAUCUGCAAGCUCAUCAACUACGCUUUACGGUUACGCCUUAAGAAAGCGAGCGUGUCUCUCGAUGUCCUCCGCACAUGGGUCGACAUGACAAUACCUCGCAUCGACUGGGACUUGCCUUUGCGGUUCUUUUUUCCUGUGAUGUGCAUGGUCCUGCUCAGUCUCGUACCUGCAGCUUUGUGGGCUGGUUCGUUUGCUCCCUUGGUCAGCUCUACAAGAACGUGGAUGCAACUCGAAGUGCCCGCUUACGGGAACGUAUCGUUCAUCAAAGAGUACCCAAUGGAGAUAGGCAAAGCCGGGCCUUCAGUCCGCAAUUCGAAGGGUCUAUUCACAUACUCUGUUGGCCAGCAGCUGAUCGCACCGUUGCUUUCGGCUGCAGCUGGAUCAUCGUCCAAUGACUCUGCAAAGCUUGUGCAUGCAAAGAUUGACAACACGCAAUUCAGCUACACCGGACGGUCCUACGGCGUGGGCGCAUCAGUGGGAUUGAGAGAUAUUGCCAUCACCCAGCCGGCCACAAACGCAGCCGGCUACAAAUAUGCGGAGGAGGGCUAUCUGACGACCGUCACAUGCAUCUACAACCAGACGUCCAACUUUACCCUCUCCGGUCCCGUCAACGAAUGGAUCUACUCAGCCGCAGGAAACCUCCCGGACAGCGUCGAAGGACCAGAGUACUCAAACUACAUCGGACACAACGCCAAAGCCAUAGUGGCCAUGGGUGUUGCAUACAGUGAGCUGUCGCCUCGUCGCUACGUCGCCAUCACCGCCGGCGACUCCUACGCUCACCUCAACAACACCCAGUGCGAGUUUGACUUCACCCCAACGAUGUUCGACGUUACCGUCGACCUCGCCAACCUCAACAUCAGGGUCAAACCUAGCUACGAGGUUCCGGACUUCAAUCCUUCCCGCAACCUCACCCGCACGGUCGUGCGGCAGUUCGAGCUCCUCUCUAACGACCUGACCAACCUCUACGAUUCCCUCCUCGGCCAGGCUCUCAACUCCAGCAUCGCAGCCUACGCCAUGACCACAGGCGGCACCUGGCCACCGCUCACGCAGGAACAACGCACGCUGGGCGGCCUCACCAACGCGAUGACCGCCAUGGCCGACGACAUGCUCGUAGCCUACGGCGCAGCACAACUCAUGGUGCGCAACAAGUACAGGUACAGCCCGCGCGGCGCCACCGUAUCCCUAUACGCGCUGCAGUUCGGCCAGCCCGCCUACAUCUACGCCAUCUUCGCGCUCAACACUGCCAUCGUGCUUGCCGUGCUCGUGGAGCGGUACCGCACACAUGUUUGGAAAGAUCUCACGCGCUUCAAUUACCUCGACCCCCGGGAUCUCAUUGUCGCUGCGAGCAGGGGCGGGGCGCAGCUAGCGAUUGCGGCGGACAAUAUGGUUGGCCAGGAUGGGACGAAGAUCCCGAAGCAUGUGUGGUUGUUGAGUGAUCCGGAUGAGGGGAAUGGGCGGUUGGUGGUGAGGUUGAGGGCGGAUGAGGACGGGCAUGCGGCGAUUGAGGUGGAUGGGGAGAGGAGUGAG